CACGUGGAUGUAGUUGAUAACUCACCGACCCGCGCGUCACAGAGAAAUAACUCGGAAAUUUUUCAUUUCGUUCGGAGAAUGGCGACAGUCUACUCUCUUCGUCCUUAUGUCUUGUCUCUCCUAUUAAAACCCUAGAAUUAGAUUGAUUCAAAUUCAAUUAUCUCAAAUAGCAUGUCUUAUUGAGUCUGUCUCAUCAUUCUAUUUUCUUCCUUUUCUUAUCUAUUACCUGAUCGGUUGGAUUUUUCUUGGUCUUCAAUCGAAGGUUUGUAAGGCUUAAGAAUCUGAUACGAAGAUUACAGAUAGAGCAUGAGCACUCAGACUCAAGGGGUGAGAGGGCCUCCCUUGAGGGGAUAUAGGAGAAGGAAGACAAUGCUGGACUUAAAUGUGCCUCCAAGUGAAAGCAGGGACCAGGAAGGUACUUCAUCUCAGGAUGCACACCGAGGAGGGCAAACAACCCAACAAGGGCAGCAGUCUGUACCAUUGACUACAAUUGAUGUUGAGGCACUUGAGGAUGAUGUUGUUGAAUCGUCCCCAAGGGCUUUUGCUGAAGCUAAGAACAAUGCCCAAAGAAAUAACCUUCAAAGGAACCAUGCUCAAAGAACUCGCGGGAGUACUGUCAUAGUGGAUGUAGAUUCAGGACGAACAACUAGGUUGACAUAUGCUCAAAACAAGCGUAGAAGAGUUUCAUCAAACCAAACGAUUAUCAAUUGUGAUCAUUAUGUAAAUUUGGAAAGCAGUAGCAGCUCUAUGAGAGAUAAUAUCCAACCACGACCACCUCCACCACCAAAGGAGCCAACUUUCAACUGUCCAAUUUGCAUGGGUCCAUUUAUCGAGGAAACAUCAACAAAAUGUGGGCAUAUUUUCUGUAAGGCUUGCAUCAAGACUGCAAUUGGAGUUCAGUCGAAAUGUCCUACAUGUAGGAAAAGAGUCACCAUUAAAGAACUCAUUAGGGUGUUCCUUCCAGCAACCAGUGCAUUAUGAUGCUCAUGACCUGUUGCUCUUUAUGUUUGAUAGAAACAGCUCGGAUAUGGCGGAAUGGGGAUGGAACAAUUGCUGUAGCAUGUUGGUGGAUUCUUUUCUUUUUGCUUCAUAUGUGGACUUCAUCUAACAUGUGCAGUUCAAUUAUAUGCUUGAAGGCAAUAGUGGAUUUUGUUUAUGGGUCAAAUUUAUGUCAAUUGGUUGAUGUGCUGGACUAUCAUCUGUUCUGUUUGUUGUUAGCUAAGUUAUAUAGCAAUCAGAUGACAAAAUAGUUCUAUGAAAUUAAGGGUUCAGUAGUUUAUGUUAA